CUCUGCAUUUACCCUGACAUCGGAUCUGAGCGAGAAUGAUACUGAAUUCAGAUAGGUGUCUGAAACUUGCCGUGGACAGCAUUCGCCAGGUUCUAAUUAUAGCCACCCUUGCCAUAACUUUUGAUUUACAUUUGGAAAAAUACUGUCCAGAAAAAAAUGAUAAAAUUCUUCCUCAUGGUGAAUAAACAAGGGCAGACCCGGCUGUCUAAGUACUAUGAGCACGUGGAUAUUAAUAAGCGUACAAUUCUGGAAACAGAAGUCAUCAAGAGCUGUCUCUCUCGAUCCAGUGAACAAUGCUCUUUCGUUGAAUAUAAGGAUUUUAAGCUGAUAUAUCGGCAGUACGCAGCUCUCUUCAUCGUGGUUGGAGUUAAUGACACCGAGAAUGAGAUGGCAAUUUAUGAAUUCAUCCAUAACUUUGUGGAAGUUUUAGAUGAGUACUUCAGCCGAGUGAGUGAAUUAGACAUAAUGUUUAAUUUGGAUAAAGUACACAUCAUUUUGGAUGAGAUGCUGUUAAAUGGCUGCAUUGUAGAAACGAAUCGGGCAAGAAUUCUUGCCCCUCUACUAAUUCUUGAUAAGAUGUCAGAAAGCUGAAUAACGGAAGGCUCUGCCAGGAAUCGUCGACACAAGAAAUGAGAGCAUGGAAUACCUCCUAGCAUUUGUAGCCCAAAGAAUCUGAAGAGCACACUGAAAAAUGGGGCAUCUUUCCAAAGACAUUUUAAAUAGGUGUUUUUCAGUUCAUAAAUGGAAAACAACUGUAUUUUAAAAUAUGAUGUACAAAGAAAAUUUUUCUCUGAGAGGUUUUAUUUUCUAACCAUAAACAUUUCCCCCCACUUGUUUAAGUUUUAUUAAAUAAAAUGUUUUCUCCUUCCCUUUGCAAAUUAAAUUCAGGAAUAGCACCAUGAGGUGGGAAGUGCGGCAGCUCUUUAUCAGCCAAUAAAAAUGUAGAACUGGCAAACACACAUAGCACUGUGUCUUCUGAAUGUGACUGACUACUAUGCUGUACUGAAAGUGCUGUAAUUGAUAUAUGAAAAUUUUUAAAAAGUCAAAAUUUAGGGGUGUGGGUAAAAAAAAAAGUCAAAUUUUACUAUGUUGUGUGUCUAAUGAAAACAUCAGGAUUAAAUUUUAUUUGCCAGUUUCUAAAAGUGUGCAAUCCAUUUUAUGGGCAGUUGGCAAUUACAAUGCCAUCAUGUAAUUAACUAGAGUAUGUUACUACCAAUACUACUAGUAAAUGGUUUAACAUUGAAAGAGUCCUUACCUCUUGGGCACACCAUGGCCCCUGGGCACCCAGCAUGCACUGCCCUGCUGCCCAGGAGGAAGCUCAGCUCUGCCAAGAGAACAACAAAGGAGGAGCUCAAAGGGAGAUCGGAGAGGUUGUUGGCUAAACCUGCUUCUGCAAAAGUGGAAACAAAGCCAAAAAAGGCAGCAAAAAGGGUAAAUCUGCAGACAAAACAGUGAGUAUCAAAAGGGAAAGGGAAGUAAAGGGGAAACAGACUAAGUGACUAACCUACAGAUCUACCUGCGGAAAACAAAGUAAAAAUGAGGCAAGUCCAGCCUCAGAUGAAGCAGGAGAAAAA